CUGUUUGGCUUGCGUAUGAUUGGACACUGUGACCGCCUGUCAACCCUGCUCUGUGAUAUGAUUGGCCUCUCGUCAGAACACCCUCUUCUUAUUGGUCGGGAGCUGCGGGGUCACGGAGGAGGGGACUUGGAAGUUUGUGUCGGCGGAGCGGAAAGGAAGGAGGCGAAGGGAGACCCAGGGUCGGAGAUGCGACUAGCGUUGCGUCUGGCAGUAGUGGCUGUCCCCAUGGGUGUGCUGCUGUCCCGGACCAUGGCGUGGAUGUCCAGCGGCAAGACGCAUCCGGAGCUCAUCAGCAGGCUGAGGGAUCAUGGCGUUAUCCGCAGUGACAGAGUAUUUGAUGCUAUGCUGGCUACAGACAGAGGAAUCUACUCUCGAGACUAUCCUUAUGCAGACUCUCCUCAGUCCAUAGGCUACAGGGCGACCAUCAGUGCGCCACACAUGCAUGCUCAUGCCUUAGAGCUGUUAAGUGAAAAACUAACAGAAGGGGCGUCGGCACUGGAUGUGGGUUCAGGAAGUGGAUACCUCACGGCCUGCUUUGCAAGAAUGACAGGAUCCAGCGGCAGAGUUGUUGGCAUUGAACACAUAGAUGAACUGGUUCAAAUGUCAAUAAAAAAUGUGCAAGCUGAUGACCCAGAACUUCUCUCCUCUGGACGUAUCAGGCUUGUAGUGGGAGAUGGAAGACUGGGCUUCCCAGAAGGAGCGCCAUACGAUGCAAUUCAUGUUGGGGCAGCUGCAGCUACUGUUCCUAAAGCUCUCUUGGAGCAGCUGAAGCCAGGUGGGCGGCUAGUUCUCCCUGUGGGCCCCGAUGGUGGCAGUCAGACGUUAGAGCAGUAUGAUCGACAGAGUGAUGGGACCUUCCUCAAAAAAGCAUUGAUGGGAGUGGUUUACGUCCCCCUGACUGACAAGCGGCAUCAGUGGCCUGGGUAUUGUACUAAAACACCCCUGACCUAUCAUUUAAAAAGUAAAAAUCAGUGAAGGAAAACUAUUUCACUGAGAAAAACCUGGAUAUUGUUGUUGGACAUAACUUCCAUCACGUACCUCUUUUAUCCUAAGUUUAUUUCGCAGUCAAGAGUCACAUCCACGUACAUCCAAUAGCAUGUUCUUGAUGGCAUCCAUACAAUCCUUCCUUCUCUCCCCAGAGGUGAGCUCUGACUGCAGUGUGGUUACCCCUGCAGGAGAUGGCGUUGGUGCUGCAUCUCUGGGGCCCCAUAGCACUCUUCUUGGUUUCACCGAGAUCCCGAAUUAACGGCCACCUGCCACCGCUGCGUUGUCACCUAGCAACUUACAAGGAGCAUAUCACUCUGUUUGCCCAGCCAGGUUGUCUUCCAAGAGUGAGUGACCACCGCUGGACAUGUGACCUUUCCACCAGAAUGCAUGGAGUCAGUGAGACUGAUAUGGAUAUCGUGGACGACAAAAAAAAAGUUGUCUGAGGUUUAAAUCAAUCACAUUAUUAUUGUUAUUAUUUUAUAUGGGUAUGUCAGUCAACAAUGAAAAAAUUACAAUUGCAGCUUGAAGAGCUAUAGUCUGUGUUCAGCUCAGAUGAAUGGAUAACUGGGGAAAUUGUGUGUAAUGUUAUGGGGAUGCGUUUGAUAUUAAUGCAGAAACUCAUAAAGAUGAAUGUAAAUGCAAGUGAUUUUAAUGAAACCUCAGCAAAUUAAAAAAGUAAUGUAUAUUCUGUGGUAAGAACAGCUUCGUAUACUGUAUACCUUUCUACAGUUUGAUUUUCUUACUGUAGAGUGGAGGGGGCAUUGUGCCAAACAUUGAUCAACUGAGGCACUUAACUUUUUGAAACUAUACAAACAUUGUAUGUGUACACUCAUCAGGUUUAUGAAUAAAACCCACUAAAUGGA